AGUGGAGAGUAAUGGAAGCCGGUGGUUUUAGAGUCAGGCUCGAUUUGUCUCAGUUCUUUAGUGACAUCAAGAAGUUCUCCUGUGUUUAUGUCGAUCUCUCUCGUGACCGGCAAAUAGCAGAUGUGGUUGACAGAAUUUCGGAAGUGUUCGGGAUUGAGCGACCAUUGUUUUUGUUGGACGAAAGAUUUUAUUUGCCAGAGUCUGAGAAUGUUAAUGUCCUGCGGAACAGUAACGUUGUGAAAGUCUUGAAAGCCUUUCACUUCCAAGGUAGGGAGAGCUGUUCCACAACUGACCUUCUUACAAAGAGCAAUAAAGAAGUAGAGUAUCUGAGACAAGAGAUUCACCCUGAGCAAGAAUCCAGAAAAAAUAACAAGACAAACAGUUCAGAGAAGUUUGACUCUCAAGAUUUCUACCAGAAUGAGAAAAUCAACAGCUCUUGUGUGUCCCAUAUAGGUAAAGCAUCAUUUCAUGAAGCCCGAGGCAAGAAGAGAAAACAUGAAGAAAUUGAUGAGAGCAAGUUUACCAACAGUUUAAAUGUUUUACAGCAGGAUCUUGAACCUGAAAUUCACUAUCAAAAAAAAUGUAAACGAAAGAAAGAAAGAGUAAAAAAGGAAGUCCUCAAUGGCAGUAGUAUCGAACCCCUUCAAGAUGAACUUGAGAAGAAAAACAGUGAUGGCAUACAUUUUGACAAUAAAGCUAUACAUUUUGACAAUAAAGCUAACAGAAAGAAAAAGAGAAACAAAGCUGUUGAAAUUAAUGGAGAUGUUACAGAGGACAAAGUUGUAUCUGAGGUGCUGUGCCACAAUUCGCCUGAAAACAUAAGUGACCACAAUGAACAAGAAACUACCAAAGGCCUCAAGAAACAUAAGAAAAAAAGAAAAAAUGACUUAGCAGCACUGGAUGCUCACAAGAGUCUUGAUGCAGAACAUCUACAUCCCACAGACUUGAAAAAACGUAAUAAAAAACUCAACCAAAGUGAUGCAGAAACAGAUGUGGCACAAGACCAAAGUUUAUCAUUAAGUUGUGAAUUCACAACUGACACGACAUUUUUAACUAGUUGUUCUAAAGGAGCUCAAAAGUGCAAAAAUGGAUCUUCAUUAACAUGCCAAAAUAUUGAUGAUGUAGUGAAUAGUGACUGUGACAGUAAAGACUAUGGAGGUUCAGAUUUUGUAGACAGAGCUGAAAGUAGUACUCCAAAUUUUACUGGUGGGUGUAAGAUUAGAGAUGUUGCAGACUUUCUGUCGCAGGACAGUACCAGUAUUUAUGAUUCUGCCCUCGGAAACCAUCUAGACAAUGUCACCAACACAACCAUCGGCACAAAGCCUAAGCGUAAGAGGGUCCGUGUAAGGAAACACAGAAAGAGAAAUGGAAUCCAGAAUGAUAGUGUUGUUGCAUUACCAUCCGUGGUCGUACAACAUACAGUUCCACAGUAUAGUAUUCCUCCAAGGAAACACAUAAGAUUUGAUGAUGCAAUGGGUGAAAAUUUAAAAGAAAGUACAAGCAAUAAAGAGGUACCUUUGAAUGAUGAUAUGGAUAUGAGAAAUAAUACAACUGAAGAAACCUGUGACUCUAAAGCAUCACCAAAUGUCAAUGAUGAGAGUACACAUGAUCUGACUCCAGAAACUGAAGUUACGGACUGUCCCAUGAAAAGUAGCUUUGAAUAUUGUACUCCUGAAAAUUGUAUAAUUAAAAGUGAUAUUACAUCUUUGCCAAACCAAAUUCCUUUACAUCAGCAGUGGGCAUUAAACACUGCUGAUCUGAAUAUGAACACAAAGGAAUCUUUACAGAAGCUCUUAAUUCUUGGAAAACAGAAUUCAGUUCCUGUUGUGUUUGAACGGAAAAGUCAGUGCAACAGUUCUGGAUCUGCAUCAGAAUCCUUAAUGCCGGUCUCAAAACAGAACAGCAACAAAAAUUCUGAAGGAACAAGUGAUUUUCAUAGUACACAAGUAGUGGAUCAGGGUGAUAUGACAUGUCUGAAAAUGAAUCCUAAUGCUAUUGAUCCACUUCGUUAUCCUCAACUGGAAGGAAAACCAAAAAAGAAUGAUAUAAUUGCUUUUAAGAAGUUAAAAAUGACAAGCAAUUACACACCUGAGGUGUCAGGUUUCAUAAUUGCUACAGUACUGAAUAUUUCGGAAGACACUUUGGAAAUGUCGCUACGGAUAGAAGCUGGCGAAUCUGAUCUUGAGGCCCCUAAAGGAAGGUUCUAUGUUGAGAAUGAAGAUUCAGAGAAGAAUGAGAGUGACUCAAAACUUCAUCAGCUGAAUUGGAAUGAACUUAUGGAUGUCAGAAUUUUAUUUCCAUGAGCUCUUAAAUUGUUAUUUUUCUCUUCAAAUAUUGUGUAUGUAAAUGACUGGAAAUAAACUCUAAUUUUGUACCCUGAAUGGCUGUUGUUAUCAAUAGCAUCAGAAAUAUGAAUUAAGAAUUGUAAACUUAUAGGAAUUAAAUUUCAGUUGCCUCCCUAAAA